AGCCAUUUUUGGCUCAGGCUCGGCGUGCGUCGAGCUGGUCGCGGCAGGCCGCUCGCGCGGCCUUUCUCCCUCGUGCGAUGGGGAUGGAUGGCCUCUUGGAGAGGUUGGUGGCGCUGCCGAUCGCCCAGGCGGCAUUUGGCGCGGCCUUGGCAGCACUCGCUGGGCAGGGUGGCCAGAGUGGCACCAAGGCCACCGCCGCAGUGGUGGCGGCUGCAGCGCGCGGGGCCGCCCAGGGCUUGGCGGCAGGCGCAUCGGCAGCAUGCGCGGACGGCGCUGAUGACGGCUACGGCAAGAGGUGCGAGCUGGUGCAGCUCGAGGUGGUCCUCGAUGCGGUCAAGGACGCGAUGGACCUCACGGACCCCGUCUCGGUCCAGGACGCCAAGAGCAUAUUGCGCGAUCGUGGGGCGCCGAAGCUUGCUUCCCGCGUCGGGAGGCUGAGUAAGCUUCGCAAUGCCAAAGGGCAUCCUGAUGUCGGAUUGGCGAGGGAAGUGCGGUCCCACCUCGCCGGCUCAGAUGCUGGCAGCACGGGCGACGGGCUCACGGAGCAGGAGAGCCUUGCGGAGACGGGCGCCCACUCCCUCAAGACGGUGGCCGCGAAGAAAAGGGUGCUGCAGAUGGAGACGCAAGCGCCCACCUCCGCCGCGGAACAUGAGGGCAAGGACGCUGACAAGGAGCAGGAGCAGCAGAAGGCGGUGCUGUCGAUGCCGAGGGCCGAGGUGGCUGGCGGCCAUGCGGCUGGCGCGGAGCCUGGCCUUGGGGACGCCAUGGCCGUGUGCGCCAGGAAGCACUACGCCGUGAACCAGGCGGCUCUGAGCGUGGAGCUGGCCAAGGACGCCUUGGCCCGGGUGGAGGCCGAGCUUGACGAUGCCGCUACCGAGCUGAACGAGGAGCUCAUGGCCUUGGACGAGGCCGAGCGGCAGGAGGUCCUCUGGAAGCUCGGCCUCCCCGUCGGAAAGCCGCCCGAGUUUUGAGUGCCGCGGAGGCUCGUGUUCCUCCUGCGGCACGUCGGUCGGUGCAGCUGCGGAGGCCCAUGUUCCUCCUGCGGCUGUCGCCCUGGGGUUGCGGAGGCUCGUGUUCCUCCUGCGGCCCCAGGGGCUGCUGAAAAUUAUUGCUGCUGCGGAGGCCCGUGUUCCUCCUGCGGCUGUCGCCCUGGGGUUGCGGAGGCUCGUGUUCCUCCUGCG